AUGUUUCCCACGCGCGCCCUGCUAGGCCGCUCGGUCUGGAAAGGCCCCAACAUCGUCCCUCUCCCCCUUCCACGGACGUUCCCUCCCCCCGCCAACACGCCGCCAAUCCGGACGCAGAAGCGCGCCGCAACUAUUCUGCCCAACUUCGUCGGUCUGCGCUUCGCCGUGCACAACGGCAAGACCUAUCAGGAGAUUCAGAUCACCGAGGAGAUGGUUGGUCGGAAACUUGGGGAAUACGUUGCGACUCGCAAGCGUUUCACCUAUAAGCAGUCUAAGAACAAAUAG